CUACGAGAAAAGCAAGGUUCGUUAAAUGCCGAGGGUGCGACUGUGUUCACUUAUGAAGUUUCUCCGAUGAAAAAUUGAGAGUGCUGAAUGUUUAUAAACAGAAACAUGCUCGAACGAUCGCCGGCAAGGGCGUACGAGCGGCCCAUUACAAACGAAGGUUGCGGGUUUAUCGCCACUUGAAUGUCAUCACGGGAGAACAAAUGACUAGGAAUGGGCGAAUCUUGGGUUUCGGUCCUUCUUGCUGGCACAUUGACAACCAUGAUAAUGGUAGUAGUGACGAAGGCCAAUUCAUUCUCAACACCGUCUCUAUCGACGAUUGUACAUAAUGACAUCGUGGAUUCCAAACAGGCGAUUAUAGAGAAAGCCUUAGAUGUAAUAGAGGCAGCAUCGACAGGUUCUCUGGGCGAAGUUUGUGUCACUACGGAGGGAUUUAAAUCUCUUCCAGCUGACGUCGCUUUGGAUUCAAGGCGGUAUGAUAUGGCACGUCAGAAAACUGAAAUGACCGCUAUGGUGCUUCGGAAUCUCGGGACUGCUGAAGCGAUGCGACGUAAUGCUCUUUUAGACGCUCUGACCAAGUCUCUGCUGAUGUCGGUGGAUGACGCUGUAGAGGCAAGGGUGAUUGCGCUCAAUGCGUCUACUGGCACGGUGAUCACCGCGGUGUGGCUGAAACGUAGUCCUGGAAGCGUCGGUGAGCCUUCAAAGGUCGAGAGUCACGCGGUCCAACUCGGAUCGCAACCGGAUCCUAGCUUACCGUGGUUUGAGAACGCAGGUAGCAGCGCUGGAUUAAGGUUCGCGUUAUAUAAUUCGCACUGUGUAUCUACAGAAGUCAAACUUUCUAAAACCUUCCAUCAUUCCAUUGAACGUCAAUAA